AAUAAGUCCCCAAUAUUUUGAAUAAGAAGUCUUCUUCUGUUUUGGUCUUUAUGCCGUUUAAAAUUCCCACAAUAUUAAGCUUUUCCUCCACCGGACAACCAUUUUGUCGACCACUGAAACCAUCUUUGCCGAUCCGAAUUCAACCAUGGCCACCGUCGAUAGCUUCUUACCGACGGCGCAAUUGACCGCGAGUGGGCGGCCAGUUCUUCAUCCAGGGGAAAUCGAGUCUAGUCUUGUUUCUUCAGUAGACUUGUUGUCAGAAGAGAAUCCCAAUUUCCCUCACCUUAAAUCCGGACUUCUCACCCUCACCAAUCAGCGCCUGCUAUGGCUUCCCAGUUCUACUUCGUCAUCCCCUGUGUAUAUCCCACUAUCAGCCAUCUCCCACAUUUUUUCCCUUAAAAAGUCAUUAAAAUCCGUGUUUUCCAAUCCUCGAAUUCGGUUCCAGGUCUUGGCGUCAUCCGAUGGAAAAGUCGACCCGAAAGGUGUGAAAUCGAUUGUUAUCACUCUAAUUUUGAGGGGAAAAUCGGAUCCAGAGGCUUUUUUAGGGAAGUUUUGGGAGGCAUUGAAAGGCAGAGCUUGGGAGGAGAAUGUAGUGGGUGGGGAUGGAAAUCAGGCUGCCCAGAGCUCUAGUUCCGGGAGUGGAGAGGGGAGCUUGGCAUUAAAAAUGCCGGUGGUGGGCGUUGCUGGCAUAUUGAGGAAGGAGCAAGAAAUGUGGGAGAGUACUGAUAAGAGCUUGCAGGAUGCUUUCCAAGACUUAAAUGCUUUGAUGGGUAAGGCAAAGGAAAUGGUCAUGCUAGCUGAGAAAAUGAGGUUGAAGCUCCUCUCUAGUUCAAGUAAUCAAGGUGGUGGAGGACCCGAAGAAGAAUUGGGUACCAAAGAAGAGAUGCAGGAUUGGUUGCUGAGUGUGGGUAUUGCAUCUCCAGUAACAAAAGAGUCUGCUGGUGCUUUGUACCAUCAACAGUUAUCACGCCAGCUGGCAGACUUUGUGAAGAUACCCUUGGAAAGAGCUGGUGGGACAAUUAAUCUUAUUGAUGUUUACUGCCUCUUCAAUCGGGCUCGUGGCACAGAGUUAAUUUCUCCUGAUGAUUUGCUUCAAGCAUGUUCUCUGUGGGAGAAGUUUGAUGUUCCAGUGAUACUAAGAAAAUUUGACAGUGGUGUCAUGGUAAUCCAGAAUAAGACACAUAGUGAUGAUGAGGUCUUUUCUAGAAUUAGAUCUUUGGUGACAAAGCCUGAUGCUUUGCUGAAUGGGGUCAGUGCCAGUGAUGCUGCAAAGGCUUUGGGUGUUGCACCUGCAAUGGCAAAAGAAUAUUUACUCACUGCUGAGGGCAAAGGUUUUCUCAAAUAACUUAAUGGUGUGCAUUACAUGCUGUAGGGUUGACAUAAUGUGAGCAUUCACUUCUUUUUGCAGGAUUGUUGUGCAGAGAUGUAAGCCCAGAUGGCUUCCGAUUUUUCAUUAAUUUGCUUCAAGAAAUCAAUUCAGAUGAUAUAUACUUGUAAGUUACACUAGUUUGGUAAUGCAGAUGUAAUCUCGCACUCUGUUGGAUGUAUGUAAUUGUGUCUUCAAUGGUAUCCCAAGGUUUCUGUUUCUGUCAAGUUGUUGAAAGUUGGUCUUACUUUUAUUUCAAAUCUGUUCAUUAAAUCAUGAACCCCUGUAUGAUACUCAUUUUUACUUUGAACAGAGUGCGAGAUUACAGUAUUUAUGCAGCAUGGAUUAACACCAUCACUACUUCAAGGUAAAUGAAAAAUAUGUCCUACAUCAAGUAGUUAGUAAUAUGUUUGUGUGUGUACUUUAGUCUGUCAAGUUUGCCAGUCAUCACUAAAUGUAAUAUGGGAUCUCAAACUUUCUGCUUUUUAGUGCAAUCCCUCAAGAAGUUUAGAGUGAAGCCGUUAAAUUGCCCAGUAGUACAAAGUGCCGAAGUGCUUAUGACAGCAAUUGAAUUUGAUUAGUGUAAUAACUGGAGAUUGUAACAGAAUCGCUUUUUUCUUUUUUCUUUUUUUCAUUAAUCAUCAAUAUGUGAAAAUCAAUACUGCUUUCAUCAUAUGAUAAGUCAUCUAUGGUAGAACCUGUGCAGUAGAAACAUUAAUCGUGCAAAAGUAGAGAAAUGAAAUUGCAUAAGUGAAGGCUACUAUACU